AUUCAAAUGCAGCAAUUUAGGUUAAAAAAUACACAGACUGCACACUCGGGUGUGAGGGUCAGUACAAUUUACUUCCCGCUGACGAUCAAGAGACCUGUGUUUACCGAAUGCCGUGUGUUCGAGUGAAUUAGGUACAGUGUCACCCAACAAACUUCCUCUCCAGUAUAAGUUAGACAGUUCGUACACUAUGGUGCAUGAGGUGAUAAAUAUUUGUGGGAUCUUCAUAAUGGUGAGGCAGUGCUUGGCUUUAAAUUUCAGGGACUGUAGACCUGAUAUGCCACUACCGAUCCAGGAAGGUACACAAAACUAUGAAAUAAUUUGUGAAAACUUUAAGCCUGGUUAUGCUGUCGAGUGGCAGCUGAAUAGGACGAUCUCAAACAACACUUACAACAACAAAGGCUUUUGUCUUGUUGAGGACAUCCCAAACUGCUCGGGUUCAACUGGCCUUGUUGCAUUUUCACGGCCCAACAACAGUGUCUCUCUGGCAAAGAUCUCGAAGGUUGACAGGACCUCACUAGGUGUGGCCAGUUUUACAUGUCAAGAAUUUAAGGAUAACAGUCGAGGAGAAGUCGCUGGUUGCAAUAUUGACAUAAUUUAUGGAGCAGAAGUUUCAUCAUGCAGCAUUCAAACACUUCCAAAUGGUUCAGUCUGGAGUUUGACAGGCAAGUGCACCAUUACCAAAGUGUUCUCAACUUUAAACCGCUAUGUCUGUCAUCUCUGGCAAAACAAAGAGAGCUCAUCAGGAGUAGAAGUAGCCAACAUUAUUUACAGCCCUACCCUCAAUAACAGCAGCCCACCAUAUGCAUAUGGUUCCUGUUUCUAUUCUCUGCCGCUGCCGAUGCAGAAUGGCAUUUACAACUUUGAUGUGAUUGUAUUCCCUGGAGAAACAAACAGGAAUGCUGGUAAUAUUACUGUAGCAAGGCCUCUGCAGCCGCCAAGCAUCAACUGCUCAAUGUUUAUGUUUCCAUUUGUGAUGGAGAAUGGGGACUUGUUCUGUACCUGUACAACCUCAGACCUUGGAUUACCCAGGGGACGACUAAUUGGAUAUUACGGUGGUCAGAGACUUAAUACAAGUAAUUUUGGAAGUGGAUACUUGUCUUUUGAAAAGAGGAACUUGACCAGAACUGAUGAUGGAACUUCUGUCAAAUGUGUAGUGGACUGGGCCACACAAGACACUGAUGAUUUGAACACCAGUUUUACACUUCGUAUUGCAUAUGGCCCAGAUGCAGUCGUCAUUACCGGACCAGAUGUGUUUGAUAUCAACCCAUCACAAGUUCAAAGUAUCAGUUUGAUAUGUAAGGAAUCAGUGGUCAGCCCUUAUGUGAACUACAGCUGGACUGGUUGCCCCAGUGGUAACCCAAUGUCUCCUAUUUGCACUGCUCGUCCUUCCCUAAACAACACCAGCUAUUUUGUACAAUGUACUGUUAGCAACCCAUUAUCACAAGUAGCAAGGACGGUAAACCACACAGUCGAACUGAAUUAUCCACCAGGCAAAGCACCAGUGAUCAGUACACAGCCAUCACUCAAUCCCAGUCAACCAGUAUAUAAGGGAGACAACUUCACUCUAACCUGCACAGUCCAUGGCGGUAAACCAGUAAACGCAACUCGUGUCACCUUCACUUGUCCACAUAUGAUAGACAUGGGCGACAUCAUAGGAAGAACUGAAGUCAACAGUAGUUUGACGUUUUUCUCUGUCUCAUCUGACAACCGGGGGAACUGUAGCUGUAGUGCCGUGUGGAAAAACACAACUUGGUACACACAGACAGCUGAGUGGACCCUCAUUGUUUAUACCCCUCCAUCUGCUCCAGAAAUUUUUCCGUUCUUGGACACAAUAGGAAAACCUUCGUAUCCCUUCAUGGCAGGCACCUCUGCUACCCUGUGUUGUCAUAGCAAUCAGUCAGGUCGACCGGAAGCUAUUUACAGCUGGCCUGUCUCAGCAAUUAGUCACAGCUCGGGUAGUAACUUGACUUUCUACAAUCUGUCGAGAGAAGAUAACGGAAAAAUAGUGAAGUGCAGGGCCAGCAACGAUUACACAGAAAACAGGCAGCCAGUCGAUGAUGCCACUUUUGUCCUAGAAGUCUACUAUGAACCUAUAGUCAGCUUUACAUACUUCUCUGAUGGAAGCAACUGUGUAAAGAGCUCUAAUAAGUCUGUCUACACACUUUGUAUUGUUGGCGAAGGACAGAAGCUUCAUAUCAACUGUACAGCUGACAGCAACCCAGCACCUGCAUCAUUCAAGUGGCUGAAUCCAAACAAAGACGUGUACUCCAACACCAGUGAGCUUGUGAUCAUGUCUACUAACCACACCAUCCACAACGGUGACUACAACUGUACAGUGAUCACAGAACAAGUAGACAAAGACAGUCGCCUGCCUCUGAUGUCAUCUGCCAUACUGGCUGUUGUUGUUGGCUACUCACCUCGUGUGCUUACCUUUAGCAUUAACAAUGUGGACACCAUGGUUGUGAAUAUUCCAGAGAAAUCCCAUGUGAACAUGAAGUGUCUUUGUAACGGUCGACCUAUUCCAAGCAUUCGACUUGUAAAUACAGCAGACCCCGAGCAGAUUCUAAACCAGAGUCUGCCUACAGGUGACAUCUUUGCAGAUGAACAGACAAUGGAGGUCCUAUUUACCAUGCAGCAAGUUUCGUGUGAAGCCUCGGGAUUCUAUAGAUGUGAUGUCAACAACAGUCUUGGAGAAGACAGCCAGAGCCGCAUGUUAGCUGUGUCAUGUGCUCCAAGGAAAUCUUUUAGUGAUGGACAGCCUCUGACCAUCAGUGUGAUUAACGGCAGAGGAGAGCUCCGAGUUCAAAUGACUGCCUACCCAACACCUGUGAUGAAGGUUUUGACAUAUCUAGGACCAAAUGAGACCCCCGAUGGACGUCCCGUGAAAGAAAAUAUAACUGUCGUCGAAUGUUUUAGCAAAUUCUUGGCUCCAGCUGAGGUCAUCUGCAGUAUCAGCCUUAUCAACGUGACACACAAUGAAGAAGGCUUCUACAGAAUUGUUUUCAGCAACAGUUUGGGAGAGUUGUCAUUCACUUUCUUUGUCACACAAGCUGUGUCAGAAGAUGUCCACCAGACGAAGGCAGACCAGAAUAUCGCUGCAGUCGCCGUGCUGGCUGUGCUGUUCUCAGUCCUCCUUAUUGUCGUUGUCGUCUUCGUCAUCUGGGUCUGGCGAAGGGGCUGGACGUUACCUUGUGCUGAUGUUUCUAAUCAAAGGAUUUCACAGCAAGAUCAGAGGGGCGACACAUCAAGUGAGAAUUUGUUAUCUGUGACAACAAACACGUCCCUAAUGAAAGAAGGAGGACAGACUUCGCUGUAUGAAUCUUUACAAAUGGAAGAUGUGGGAAAGAGAUCACAUUAUGAAGAGGUGCAACGAUACCAGAACGCUUCAACAACAGCACCAUACGAAGUUGUAAACGACAAUAAGCGAGAAGUGAGAGGCGACCACACCUAUGUGAACUGAGAUGUUCUCUUACACGACAUCUGACCACUUGGUCAUGGAGAGAGAUAAUUUUUACUGCUGUCUUGAAUGAUGAUGUGGUUAAUUUAGGUGAUUUUACUGCUGUCUCGGCAAACUAGAAUACUUUAUCUGAAAUAAUGUCAUACAGAGAUGUCACGUGUGUACCACGACAUGAAAAUGAAAUUAGCUGAUGUAAAUAGGUCGUAGUUUUCUCCCCUUAUGAUAAUGUCGAACACAUAUUAAUGAUGGGGAAAACAUAAAUUAUUUGCUCAUCACAAGAAAAACUCUCAGCAUGUAAGACGGCAAAAAGUAUUUAACAUUCAAGAGGAUAUGGAAAAGCUCAGUUGGUAUUUUUUGUAAAUCCAUCUUUUAGGCUUACAAAGCAUUGUAAUAAACACUUGCUAUGUCUAUCAA